UAGCGCUCUCCUGAUUGCUUUGCUGAUAAGUUAAACCCUGCCACUGAUCUUGAUGCCACCUCGUGGACCUGUUCCCUUUUCCUCCGUCGAACACACGGAAUUCGACAGCAUGACCGAGGAUGUUUAUACCGUUGACCCCCGUUCCGACAACACCGAUCGCUUUCCCCUCUCUUAUUUGUCUGUCUUCAAGGAGUCUCUUUGUCUGUCCAUAGACCCUUCCCUUUCUCAAACAGCCAGGAAGUCAACUGUCCCGAUAUACACAAUUCGGCCAUUCUUUGACAACCUCGACAUUGACAAUUCCUCGAACGACCAAGAUGGAGAACUCGACGACCUCAGCUGGGGUCGGAGCCGGGACCUCGGGGGCCGAACUCCUCGAUUUCGCCUUGUAUCGAUAUAAGCUGUCAUUACCAGCUGCCAUUGCUGCCGUCAUCGUUUUCUUAAUCCUCACGUUGCUUCAUGUCUGGCGUAUAUACCGCCAUCGCUCAUUCUACUUUACCGCCUUUACCGUCGGCGGUUGCUUUCAGGUGAUCGGUUAUUGUGGUCGGAUCUGGUCCCACUUCGACAAUAUGGCCAUUGGUGGUUUCGUAAUGCAAGCCAUUCUCAUCCUCAUCGCACCGGCCUUAUACGCGGCAUCCAUCUACAUGAUCCUUGGACGGUUGAUCCGCGCUUUGCACGCCGAGCCAACAUCCAUCAUCCCGGUCAAGUGGAUGACCAAGAUUUUUGUUGUUGGCGAUGUCCUCUCCUUCCUUCUGCAGGCUGGUGGGGGCGGCAUUCAGGCGGCCGGCACUUUGGAGUUGUUCGACAUCGGCGAGAAGAUCAUCAUCGUCGGUCUCUUCAUCCAGAUCUUCAUGUUCGGCUUCUUUCUCGUCACCACUGUCGUAUUCCACACCCGUUUUCGCCAAUCCAGCGGUUCUGAUCGACAACAUUCUUCAAUCCGAUGGAAACGCCAUUUGACUGUCCUGUACGUUGCCAGCGCUAUCAUCAUGGUGCGAAGCAUCUUCCGUGUGGUUGAAUACCUCCAGGGGAACAGGGGCUAUCUCAUCUCACACGAGAUUUUCCUCUAUGUCUUCGAUGCUCUGCUCAUGGCCUCCGUCAUGGCCAUCUUUUUCGUCUUCUACGUCGACGACCUCGAGCCAUCCAAAGUCGGGAAACAUGACAGCGCUAUGGAGAUGCUGUCAAGCCGAGACAGCGAUGGACCGGGGAUGGUGCCGCGUCCAUAUGGUAUUUAAACCAACCCUGGGCUGCACCAGUGACCACUGCAUGUUGUGGCCGCAGCCAGAGCAGAGCGGCCGUAGCGUGCUUCGGGAAGGUGCAUGAGAUGGGCGAUGACAAGGUGUGGGAGGCACUGCAUAGAGGAAGAAAGAGGAGAGAGAUGUCGAUUGACGACUCACACUCACACAGCCGUCCUAUAGAUGUCUGGAAGUUCACGUCCCGGAAUGGCGAGGUUGUUUACAGCUACCACCAAUCUUGCGUUCGAUAACUAGGACCUUGAAGUCAGCGGCGCUGAGGGACCCACACCUUGCAGCAGCGCAAACUAGGAGUAAUUACUAUCAUAUAUGGGAAGGACAUAGAUAGAUCACCAAAUGGGCUCCCUCCUAACCUAUAGCGAGUAGCCA